GAUCGCAUUAAAAAAAGAGAAAUACCUUAAAUUACAUUAAAUAAUACACCGUCAUAAUACGAUUGCAUAAUGGUUGUGCCCCAACAUGCAUGCGAUCUGUGUGUUACGUCGAACUACAACACCAGCACCAGCACCAGCACCCAUGUACUUAACGCGGCCUGCACAAUGCAACAUAUCUACAAUAAGUGGGUAUUAAACACAUACCGCACCUCAGCUCAGAUUCGCUUAUUUCCGUUGACUGAGUUUGAGCGCAGAGCCUCAGCUCUUGCAGGUGCCAGUGCAGGCCUCCGUGCCUUCCGUCUGAAGAAGUUCGCACGAAACAGCGGAAAAAAAACAGAAGACAAAACAAAAACAAAAACAGCAAACUCCACCGAAUACCCCAUGCCCUGUGACGUGGGACGUGCGAUGGCAGACCUGAACAUCCAUAGAUACUGAUUUUAUUUGAUAUUUCUGCUUGUAGAUACUCAGAGGAUGAUUGCUAUCGCUUGUUUAGGGUAGGGUGUCGGCGGAGUGCGGCCAAUUCGCUUUGGGUGAAUCCACCCACAAGCCAUGACACAGGCACAGCCGCAGCCGCAGCCGCACAGGCCGCAGCCACAGCUACAAUGAAAAUUGUGGGUUUGGGUGGUUGGGCGACGCGUGCGCAUGCGCAUUGCACGGAAGCAAAACAAGCUGGCGCCGGGCAUUCCACCAACCCAACGCCACAUUCCAGCCACAUUCGCAGCCCCCAGACCGAGCCCCCAAUCGACUGUCGGUUAAUAUAUAAAUUAAAUAGUUGCAUGGGGGCCAGCAACCAGAGCACUUGGAGCCUUUACAGCGGGCACAUCGUCGUCAGAGUUAGAGACUUGGGAACGGAAAUCAAGCGGCAUGGAUAAACGCAGUGUGCUUCUGAGGUUGGCUGUCGUGAUAGCGAUGGUUCUUCUAUUUGUGUGUGUCCAGGAAACGAAUGCUGGAAGUCAGCAGAAGAAGAAGAAGAUCGUGAUACACGUGCCAAUUCACAAGAAAAUCGAGAAGCACACCCACACGGUGGUGAAGCACGUGCACCACCACCACAAGCCACUCGUUCUGAAAGAGGAGAAGAAGGUGAUUCACGAGGAUCAUCGACCCAUUCAGAUCCAUCAGACCAAGGAGCUGGUGCACCACCACGAGAAGCACGAUCACCAUGACCAUCACGAUCAUCACGAUCACCACGAACAUCAUGAGCAGCCGCACCAGCACCAACAUCAUCACGCGGUGCCAGUGUCAGUGCCGGUGCAGGAGGUGGAUGAGCAGGAGGAGGAGGAGGAGCACAUCCAUCACCAUCACACGUACGAGCACAAGGGACGGGACGAUUUCAUCAGUCGUGGUGGUGAUGAUGGGAGCAGCAGUGAGGAGCGGCGCUGACUAUGCGGACCAUGAGUGUCGAUUGUCGAGUGCCGAGAGAGCCGGAACGGGACGGUAGCCCCCCACAGACUGAUCUUAACGUGAAAGCAACCAAAAUAAAAUGAGUGCCCAAGGAUGCCUUUUCCGAGGGUUUUCUUUCUCAUUUGUGAUUUUCUUAGUUCUAGUUCUGCAAUAUUUGUAUUUGCCUUUUUUUUACACUUUUUUUUUUAUAGUUUAGGAUGCAGUUUAAG